UUUGCCUUGUUCUGUGUGUUUAGUGCUGAGUGCCCUAGUGUAAUAUGGCGGAAAGCUUUUAUCAAUUUCUUUUGUUACAGUUGUUCUCUUUUUGCUUUUAAAACUUUGUAGUUAAAAUUUCAUGUUCCGAAAUUAUUGCAAACAUUCUUAAUUAACUUUCUUGCAAAAUUUGCAAUAUUUAUUUAUCUACUAGUCAUAUCUACAAGGUCAUAUGGUUAUGACAAAUGUAGUUAGAAAGAUUGUUUUUCAGAAUCAAUAUUUUUUCGGUGUAAAAUAAAUCAGAAAUUAAGAAUGGCGGAGAGUCGACUGAUCAUAAAACGUCCUAGUUCCUCAAGUCCUCCUCCAAAUUGUGCAAUCUGCUUGGGUUCAUUCUCAAAUAAGUGUGUUUCUGAUACUUGUUUGCAUCAAUUUUGUUUCAAAUGUCUUUUGGAAUGGUCAAAGAUAAAAGCAGAAUGCCCUCUUUGCAAGCAGCCAUUUACCAGAAUACUGCAUAAUAUUAAAAAUAAUGGGGAAUAUGAUGAACAUGUUGUGGAUAUACUUGCUAAUGACCUACCUGCUGAGGAAAUACAUGUUGAGGAAAUUAGGGAAUAUAAUACUUUUUUACCCAAUGCUCUACCACCCACCAGACAUCACUUUCAUUUUAGGACAACAUUUACUGUGGAUACUCAUGGAGAACACGCGAUACAACAAAUGCUUUUGACACAUCCCCAAAUUUCAGUCAGUACAAGUGGAUAUCCUGAAAGGCAUUCAUACCACAGAAGACGACGUGAGACUCCAAGACGUGAGUUUUCAAGACGCGAGAUUCCAACUACAACAGCUUUCCGCAGAUCUGUUUAUACACGAAAUUUAUGGGCUAUUGCACCUCUAGAUGUUGAUGGAAAUUUCAUGGCAUGUACCCCAGAGUAUUUCAGGCAAGCACCAUUAACUCGCAAUCGACUGGUACCCUGGCUGAACAGAGAACUCAACGCGCUUCUUUAUGAUAACACCCAGUUGGUUAUGAGACUUGUAGAUACAAUCCUGGAUAUGUUAUUGCAGCGUCAUAUUUGCAGCAGAACAUUCCGAAAUGUACUUUUGGAACAUCUCAAUAUCAGAACAGACCACUUUAUUCACGAAUUUUUCAGUUUCAUGAAAUCGCGGUUCGAUAUGAUUGGGUAUGACAGACAGGUGGUAUACAGUGAAAGACCACUAUCCCCUUUAUCUGUGGUUACCCUUCCAGAUGAGAUUUCAGACAGCGGUCAUGAUAGCGACGUCAUUAUAGUAGGUUCGACGGGUCCUCAAGAACCUGUCGUUAUAGAUCUUUUGAACACAGAUUCUGACGACGAGCCUAUUUUAAUAUCUCACGAAGAACCUCCGCCACCAGAACUCAUCCCUAUAUCUGAUAGCAGUCCGGAAGCACCGCCAAGAGAUAACAGAUCCCCAGUAUUACCCCUUAAGUUACGCCUUAAGCACAAAAGAAGAUCUAGGGAAGAGGAAAGAUACAGAAAACGUUUCCGAAGAUAUCGCUCUUCAAGUUCUAGCUCUUCAAGUGAUAGUAGUGUUAGGAGAUCAGUUGAAAGAUUUAGAAGAAAGAGGAAACAGAGGAAACCUAAACGAAGAGUUCCUUCGUCAACUGAGAGUGUCGUAACAACUAGUUCUGAUUCCUCCGAUUCUUGUCCACACUCACGACGACGUAUAAAGAAAUUAAUAUCUAGUUUCAAAAGAAACAGCAAGACUGCAGCCAAAGAACGCACUGAACAAAAACCUGAGAGUGAUAAUAAAUUCCACAAUUUACCGAGCUGCUCUAGAGAUUCGGGACCUAGCAGUAGUAGCGAUUAUAUCAAUACCAAUAAUUUAUUAGAUCUUAGAACCAAUGUUAAACGGGAACCUAGCGCUGCUGCUGAGCUGGCAACGCCAGAUAGUUCUGACCCGACUGCACGAGACCGUUUUGUAAUUAAGACGUUAAAGACAGAGCCAAAUUCCAAUAAUUUAUUAGACCUUAGAACAAUUUUUAAACGAGAACCUGCUAUUGAUCUGGCAACACCUAGUUGUUCUGUGGCAUCUGAAGAGAAUGAGUAUGUGCCAGAUCAGAAUACUCGAGAUCAUCAUCAUUAUGUACUCAGGAAAAUGAGAAAAGAGCCAAAUGAUACACUACUUAAGAGAGACCGCAUAUGAAAUAUGAUUAAAAUAUUAAUUCCGGGUAAUUCUUGGUUUAUUGACUAUUUUGCAGAUGCUGAAUCUAAAGUUGUGUAAUACUGUAUUGUACAUUCAAUUUUAUUAUCUUUGCGGUUUUUUUAAGUUGUAUAGUUAUGUAUCCAUAAGUUAAAUUUAUUUUAUAUAUUGUUAAUUACUCUUUUAUAAUUGUAUAUUGUCAAUAAAUAUGACAUACCCACUUCCAGCAA